AUGAUAGGCUGGAAUAUAUCUUAAGGAAUUAACUCAAUCAGUACUCAUAAUUACAUUUCUUACUUUGGAGGCUAAGAUCAUUUUAAUGGUACUACAAUCCUUUAAAAUUUAUACAAUCUAUAACAUCCCCAUUACUCAGUUCAAGUAGAUAUCGAAAUGAUUAUCAAUGAAAAAAUAAAAUAUGUAAUUGUAUAAUUAGAUGAUAAAAAUAAUACUUACACGAGUAAUUAAUCAGCGAUCGAGUUAAUCAAUUUUCAAUUUACAUUUGAGCAUCAUUCUCAAAUGGCUUGUAUUAGAAUUUCUACAUAAUCUUCAGAAGUUUAAUCUUGGUGGGGAAUCAGUUAAUUUACUAUUUCAACAUUUAAUUGUUCUUAAAAUGUUUAGUAUUGUUAAACCAAUUAAAAUUAAAAUAUGCGUUGGAAACUUCUUUAUGAUGAGUUCAAAGUUGAAUUAAGUGAAAUAGAUCAUCGAUAUUAUAAAAUUUUUACAUUAGGAUGCUAGUGUACUUAUUAAAAUAUUUAUUUUCUAGAUUUAAAAUUUUUUUCUUCGGAAUAGGACUCAAAAAUGUUAUUUGAUUAUUAAUUACAAGUAAAAAGCUCGAUUCUAGUGAAAAUUAGAUUUAAAUUAAUGACUCUAACAACAGCAUCAUUUAAAGUACUUGUAGAUGGGAACAUUAAAUUAGAAUUUAAUUAUUAUUAAGUCAAUAGUUAUUUUCUCUAUUAUUGUUAUGGUGAUUAUUUUAUAUAUUAAAUCGAAAUAGAUACUAAUAUUUAUAAUUAGGAUUAGCUAUAGCUACAAAUAAAUUUUGAUUUUAAUCGUUGGGUUAAUAUAAUUGAUUUUAGAGUUUAUCACAUUUAAGCAGAGACUUGGUAAUAACCUAAGGCUAUUUUUGGAUGUUUGCAUGCUCUUUAUGAUUAAUGUUUAAUGUGUUAAGAAGGCUGGAUUUAUUAUCCUAUUAUUAAAUCCUGUUAGAUGAAUUUAGGUGAUGAAAAUCGAGAUUUAGUUGUAUUUUAGGAUGAUCAUCAAUCAGAAUAUUCUGGUAAUAUCACUCAGAUCUAAAGCAUACCUAUUUUGGAUUAAUAAACAAGUUUAUAUUUGAUAUCUGAAUUAAUAGGAUAUAAGGAAGGUGGAAAUAUUAUAAAUAUUUUAUCAAUUUGUGGGGACGGAGUAGUUGGAAUGACUGAAGAAUGUGAUGAUUCUAAUUAAUUUUAGUUUGAUGGAUGUUUUAAUUGUUAAUUUUCUUGUCCUUUGAAUUGCUAAUAAUGUAAUUAUGGUAAAUGUGUAACAUGUGAUUUGGGUUAUGAAUUAAAUAAAUAUUAAUGUACACCUAUUUGUGGGGAUCAAUUAAUACAACAAUAUGAGAUAUGUGAUGAUGGAAAUUAAAUUAAAUUUGAUGGGUGUCAUAAAUGUCAAAAUAAUUGUUAAUUAGAAUGCUAUAAUUGUAUAUCUACCUAUUGUGUGGAAUGUUAUGAAGGUUGGAAUUUAAUAGAUGGUAAAUGUGAAUAGAUGUGUGGUGAUGAAUAAGUUGCAUUUAUGUCAUAUGAAUAAUGUGAUAAUCAUAAUGAUAAUAAUUGUGUUAACUGUUCAUUAAAAUGUGAAUAUAAUUGUUAGGUAUGUCUAUCAUCAUAGCAAUGUGUCAUUUGUUCAUAUUCCUAUUAAUUAAUAGAUGGUACUUGUCAAUCAGUUUGUGGUGAUGGUAUAGUAAACAAAGAAUUUGAAGAUUGUGAUGAUGAAAAUAAUAUUAUGUAUGAUGGUUGUUUUGAAUGCUCAUUACAAUGCUCUCUUGGAUGUAUUUUAUGUGAAGAAGAUAAUUAUUGUAAGAAGUGUGAUUCAUAAUUCUAUAAACUUGACCUAACUACUCAUUUAUGUGAAAUUGUUCUAAAAUAAGAUGCAGUAGAUAAUAAUUAAAAUAAUGAUAAUUAAGAUUAAGAAAAUUAAAACAAUAAUUUGCAUUGUAAUUAUAAUUAUAUAUAUGUUGAUGGUCAAUGUAUUAAUUAAUGUGGAAAUGCUAGGUUUUAAAAUUAAUAUGAAUAAUGUGACGAUGGUAAUACAAUAGGAGGAGAUGGAUGUUCUCAAUCUUGUACUAUAGAAAACUAAUUUGUUUGUGAAACAAUUGAGUAUUAACAAAGUGAAUGUCUUUUUUUAAAACCUCCUGAUUUCUAUUUAAAUAUGAUAUCGGAUAGAAAAAACCAAACAUAAACCGUUGAAUUAACUUUCACCCAAUAAGUUAGACUUAAAAUUGAAAUGGAUUUCGAGGAAUGGGCUUAAAUUGCCAUUCUUCCUGAAACUGAUUUCCUUGUAAACGUUAUUCCAAUUACUAAUUUAACAUCCUUGCUUGGUUUUCCACAGUAUCAAAUAAAUAUAAUAUUUAAAAAGCCAGUUAAUGAUCCAAUAUUCUAAAUUACUAUAUACAAAUCUAGCAUUUCAAGUGAAGAUAACCAAGAACCUUAAAAUUCAGUAAAAAUGAUUAAUCUUGGAUAACCUUUUGUUUUACCAGAGUCAAUAAAGUAAUAAGUAAUGUAGGUUUCUCAAAUGAAUGAUGCCAUGAUGUAUUCGAUGAUGUCAAUUUCCACUUUAGCCCUUGCAACAGGAAAUGCAAUUCUUUUUUUCAAUAUGCUAGAUUUAUUGCAAUCAUUAUCAUACAUUAGAUUUAUGCAAUACUAAUUUCCUCCUCAUUUACAAUAGUUUCUUGAUACUUAUACCAAAGUUUCUCUAAAACCCAUCUUGGAUUAUUUUUAAGUAGAUUCCCUAAUAGCCAAAUUGAAUGGAGGAUCUCUCCCAUAUUAAAGUAGUAGAAGUUCAACAAGUACUCCAUCAAUUAAUACCUUAAAUUGUUAUUAUAUAAUGAAUGCAAAAAGUUGCUUUUUUUCAUUAGCAGCAUCAUUAAUGACUUAUUUUCUUAGUAUUUUAGUUAGUAAUGCAUAAGUUAAUAACUGUGUACAAAAAUAUUUUAAUAAAUACUUUUAUAAUUUCAAAUUCUUAAAAUUAUUAACAAAAUUUUAGAGGGAUGUUCAACUUAAAUGUUUAAAAUUGAAAAAUUAAUACUUCUCAACUGGAAUUUAUUAAGUUUAUUUUGCUGCACUUCAUUAACUCUGCUUUAGCACUUUUUUAUAAUUUCCAGAGUACUCAGCGAAUUCAAUAUUUGAAAUUUUUAAUUCAACUAGUGCUAUUAUUAGUUGUAUUGUAAUUAUAUUUAUUUCUUUCAAAUCAUUUGCGAUAACAUCAGCAAUUAUUAAAGAUACUCAGAAAUGGAAAUAUUUUUAUGUAGAAUCAAAGGAUUCAUUUUGGGCUAUAAACAUUAAAUCAUUUUAAAUUUACAGGAUUUAAUUUUAUAUAUUUGUAAUAGUCUUUUUGAUCAACUAUCCAGAAGCAUAAUCAGUAUCAUUAUCAACUUUUUCGCUUUUUUAUUUGUUUUUCUUACUUAAAUUCAGACCUCUCAAGUCUUAAUAUGAUUUAACCAAACUCAUAAUAAAGGAAAUACUAUUCUCAUUAAUCAUUGGAUCCUUUCUUGUCUAUAGUUACAAUUUGGAUAAUAAUCUGAAUUUACUUUUUGGAUGGAUACAUAUAGGAAUGUUUUCAUUAAUGUUGGCUUCCAAUCUUGUAAUUGAUAUAGUAGAAUCAGUCUAAAAAGUUUAUAAAAAUUACCUCAAGAAAAAGAUUAGAAAAUAGCAGUAGGAGAUCCAUCUAUUCACAAAUAAUCCACUAUAAAAAUUUAUAUAUUUGGAAUACAAUAAGAAAUUCUAAAAAUGA